AUGGGGAUGGUGUGCUUCUGCACCAUCGGCAUGAUCAGGGCGAUCUCCGGGAUGGGCGGGGGCGGGCAGGUGGACCCCACCGCGGCCAACAACGCCAACACGGCACUCUACGCCACGUUCUCCGUCGCCGGGGUGCUGAGCGGCGGGCUGUACAACGUGCUGGGCCCGCGCGUCAUGCUUCCGGCGGCGUGCUCCAGUUGCCUGCUGUUUACGGCGUCGUUUCUCUAUUACAACCAUUUUCAGAGUCAGGUUUUCUUGGUGGUGGCGGGAGUGGUCGGAGGUGUCGGCGCGGGGAUGUUGUGGGCGGUGCAGGGAGCGGUCAUGACUUCUUACCCGCCGCCGCACCGGAAAGGGAUGUACAUUUCGCUGUUCUGGGUUAUUUUUAGCUCCGGCGGGGUGGUCGGUGGACUCAUUCCUUUUUUCCUCAAUUUUCACCGCCAGGUGGAUUCCGUCAACGAUGGGACUUACAUUGGCUUCAUGGGCUUCAUGGCGGCGGGCACUCUUCUUUCUUUUGCCAUCCUCCCGCCGAGUAAAGUGAUACGCGACGACGGCAGCCAAUGCACGCUCACCAACCACUCGAAACCUUCGACGGAGGCCAUCGAGAUCCUGAAGCUCUUCAAGAACUGGAAGAUGCUUCUGCUGGCGCCGGCCGCGUGGGCCUCCAACUUCUUCUACGCCUACGAGUUCAACAACGUCAACGCCGCCCAGUUCAACCUCCGAACGCGCGGGCUCAACAACGUCUCCUACUGGGCCGCACAGAUGCUGGGCUCCAUCGCCAUUGGCUACGUGUUCGAUCUCCGCUCCCUCACCAGAAAACGACGUGGCUUUCUCGGAAUCGGCACCGUUUCCUUGAUCGGGACGGCGAUAUGGUCCGCGGGGCUCGUGAACCAACUCGACUACUCCUUUCAGGACAUGCCCGAUCCGAGGCUGGACUUCAUGAAGUCAGGGUUCAGGUUCGCCGGGCCGUACGUGUUGUUCUUCAGUUACGGGCUAUUCGACGCCGUUUUCCAGAGCAUGAUCUACUGGGUGAUCGGGGCUCUGGCCGAUGACUCGGAGACUUUGAGUCGGUACGUUGGGUUCUACAAAGGUGUGCAGAGCGCCGGCGCGGCGGUGGCAUGGCAGCUUGAUACGAGGAAGGUUCCGAUGCUGACUCAGCUGAUUGUGAACUGGGCUCUGACGACGGUGAGCUAUCCGCUGCUCACGAUAUUGGUGGCGUUGGCGGUUAAAGAUGAGCCGGCGGUCGAGGGUGACGAGUUGAAGAGGUACAAAGGCUCAGAUCUCAGUGACACAGGCUUUGGAGAUGAUGAUGUUAUUAGCAAGGAAACUAACUAG